AGCUCCGCUGGAGCCACAGCAGAACCGCCUCUACCGGGAGAAAAUCCGCUACAAGCCCAAAUGCCAGAAAAAAACGGAGAUUUGACAACAUGGCGUACUUUCUGUGGAAUAACUUUUCUUAAGACGUAACGAAUAAUUGUGCAUCGCGACGAAGCCGAAUAUCGGGGACGUUGGCAGAACUUUAAUUUGACCUUUUGAAAUAGAUUUUUCAUCUUUUUGUAAAUACUUCUAUCAUGGGAUGAAAGUUUCGAGUUGUCGCAGACCGUUGAAGUAGGACAGGAUGGAGAAACAAGGAUCUCGAAAAGAAAAGUUCAGCGUGUUCGGCCCGCGGUCCCUGGGCCGGGCAGUGACUGUGUCCGAGGGCCGAGGCCUGAGCAAGGCGGAGUUCAUGGAGAAGGUGCGGCAGAGCAACGAGGCGUGCCAGCGCGGCGACUUCCAGAGCGCCGUGCGUCUCUACGGCGACGCCCUGCGCGCCGACCCCCAGAACUGCAUCCUGUACAGCAACCGCUCGGCCGCGCACCUGAAGCUGGGCGACUACCAGACCGCACUGGACGACGCCAUCAAGGCCCGUCUGCUCAACCCCAAGUGGCCCAAGGCAUACUUCCGACAGGGUGUGGCCCUGCAGUACCUUGGUCGCCAUGCCGAUGCGUUGGCAGCGUUUGCGUCUGGAUUGGCUCAGGACCCCAAGAGCCUUCAGCUGCUACUGGGCAUGGUGGAGGCUGCCAUGAAGUCCCCACUGCGCCAGUCGCUGGAGCCCACCUAUCAGCAGCUGCAGAAGAUGAAGCUGGAUAAGAGUCCGUUUGUGGUGGUGUCUGUGAUUGGUCAGGAGCUGCUGGGCGCCGCCCAUCACGGCGCGUCGGUGGUGGUGCUAGAGGCGGCCCUCAAGAUCGGCACCUGCAGCCUGAAGCUCCGCGGGUCGGUCUUCUCCUCCCUCAGCUCUGCCUACUGGUCGCUGGGCAACACGGAGAAAAGCACCGCCUACAUGCAGCAGGACCUGGAGGUGGCCAAAACCUUAGGUGACCAGACAGGAGAGUGUCGUGCUCAUGGAAACUUAGGCUCCGCCUUCUUUUCCAAAGGCAACUACAGAGAGGCUCUGACCAAUCACAGACACCAGCUGGUGCUCGCUAUGAAGCUGAAGGACCGCGAGGCGGCGUCCAGUGCUCUCAGUAGCCUCGGCCACGUGUACACAGCCAUCGGAGACUACCCCAACGCCCUGGCCAGCCACAAGCAGUGCGUCCUGCUGGCCAAGCAGUCCAAGGACCAGCUGUCCGAAGCGCGCGAGCUGGGCAACAUGGGCGCGGUCUACAUCGCCAUGGGCGACUUCGACAACGCCGUGCAGUGCCACGAGCAGCACCUGAGCAUUGCCAAGUCGCUAGGCAACCAGCGGGAGGAGGCGCGCGCCUACAGCAACCUGGGCAGCGCGUAUCACUACGUACGCUGACCCGACAAGUUGUCGCACCACCAGGCGUGUGCUGGACCUGGCGCCCUGCUGCAAGGCGGCCAUCUUGGCCCACGCACGCCCCUGGACCGCGCCGCCCGCUGCAUGCAGGACCUGGAACGCGCCAAGCAAUACCACCAGAGCCAGCUGGGCAUCGCCGACGAGCUCAAGGACCAGGCCGCACAGGGGCGGGCAUCCUCCAACCUGGGCAUAAUCCAUCAGAUGUGUGGGGACUACGAGACGGCCCUGAAGCUCCACAAGGCCCACCUGGCCAUCGCCCAGGAGCUCAGCGACCACGCCGCCCAGGGCCGUGCCUACGGCAACAUGGGCAACGCCUACAACGCGCUGGGCGCCCACGAGCAGGCCGUGCGCUACCACCGGCAGGAGCUGCAGAUCUCCAUGGAGGUGAGCGACCGCGCCUCGCAGGCGUCCACGCACGGCAACCUGGCCGUGGCCUACCAGGCGCUGGGCGCCCACGACCGCGCCCUGCAGCACUACCAGCACCACCUGGGCAUCGCCCGAGAGCUCCGCGACGUCCAGAGCCAGGCGCGCGCCCUCGGCAACCUGGGCAACUUCCACUGCUCGCGUGGCGAGUUCGCCCAGGCCGUGCCCUUCUACGAGCAGUACCUGCGUCUGGUGCCCGACCUCCAGGACAUGGAGGGCGAGGGGAAAGUGUGCCACAACCUGGGCUACGCCCACUACUGCCUGGGCAGCUACCAGCAGGCAGUCAAGUACUACGAACAGGACCUGGCACUGGCCAGGGACCUGCACGACAAGCUGAGCCAGGCCAAGGCCUACUGCAACCUGGGGCUCGCCCACAAGGCCCUGGGGGCGUACGCCCAGGCCGAGGAGUGCCAGCGCUACCUGCUCUCGCUGGCGCAGUCGCUGGGCAACGUGCAGGCGCGCUUCCGGGCGCUCGGCAACCUCGGCGACAUCUACGUGUGCAAGAAGGAUGUUGCCGGCGCCGUCCAGUUCUACGAGCAGCAGCUGGCCCUGGCACAGGCGCAGCAGCAGGGUGGCAGCGGUGGCGGCGGAGACGGUGACCGGCGUAUGGAGGCGGGCGCACACGCCGCUCUCGGGGCUGCCCACCGCCUGCUGCAGCAGUACGAGCGCGCGCUGGCCUAUCACACGCAGGAGCUGCACGUGCAGCAGCAGCUGGGUGACCUGCAGGGGGAGCUCCAGGCCCAUGGGCGCCUGGCCGCCGUGCACAUGGCACAGGGGCACUACGAGCUGGCGCUGCGCUGCUAUGAGGACCAGCUGCAGCUGGCACAGCGGCUCAAGGAGCCGUCGGCCGAGGCGCGUGUCUACGGCAACAUGGGCAUCACCAAGAUGAACAUGGGCGUGGUGGAGGAGGCGCUGGGCUUCUUCGAGCAGCAACUGGCCACUCUGCAGCAGCUGAGCUCCUCGCAGGCCUCCCUGGAGCGCGGUCGCGCCUACGGCAACCUGGGCGACUGCUACGAUGCCCUGGGCGACCAUGAGGAGGCUAUCAAGCACUACGAACAGCAUCUGUCUGUGGCACAGAGCCUGAACCACCUGCAGGACCAGGAGAGGGCCUACAGCGGACUGGGCAACGGGCACAGGGCGCUGGGUCAUCUCCAGCAGGCGCUGGUGUGCUUUGAGAAGCGCCUGGUGGUGGCCCACGAGCUGGGUGAGUGUGCACUGAAGGCGCAGGCGUACGCGGAGCUGGGCGCGCUGCACAGCCUUCUGGGAAACUACGAGCAGGCGCUCUCCUGCCUGGAACGCCAGCUGGCCAUCGCCCGCGAGACCAGGGACCGGCCGCUGGAGGCUGACGCCAGCUGUGGCCUGGGCGGCGUCUACCAGCUGAUGAGCGAGCACGAGAUGGCACUACGCUGUCACCAGCUCGACCUGCAGAUCGCCACGGAGACGGGCAGUGCCGAGCGGCAGGCCCGCGCCUAUGGCAACCUGGGCCUCACCUAUGAGUCGCUUGGCAACCACGAGAGGGCAGUGGCCUUUCAGGAGCAGCAUCUCAGCAUCGCCGCAGAAACCAACGACCUGGCGGCAAAAACGCUGGCUUACGGAAGCCUGGGCAGGACACACCAUACGCUACGCAACUAUUCACAGGCUGUCAUGUACCUACAGGAGGGUCUGCGUCUGGCAGAGCAGUUGAGCCGCCGUGAAGACGAGGCAAAAAUUCGCCAUCGAUUGGGUCUGUCCCUGUGGGCCAGUGGAAACCUGGAGGAGGCCCAGCACCAGCUGUAUCGUGCGUCAGCCCUCUUUGAGACGAUCCGGCAUGAGGCUCAACACAGCACCGACUACAAGCUCUCCCUCUUCCAUCUUCAGACAGCCUGCUACCAGGCCCUGCAGAGAGUCCUCGUCAGCCUAGGCCAUCAUGAUGAAGCACUAGCAGUGGCAGAGAGGGGACGCACUCGAGCAUUUGCCGACCUGUUGGUAGAGAGACAAACAGGUCACCAAGACGACCCCUACACGCCAGUUACCGUGGAGACCAUCCUGGAGACAGUCAACGCACAGCGGGCUCUGGUGCUCUACUACUCUCUGGCCGCCGGAUACCUGUACAGCUGGCUACUCGCACCUGGAUCAGGCAUCUUGAAGUUCCAUGAGGUGUACGUGGGGGAGGGGGGUUCCGAGGGGGGGUCAGCAGAGUUCCAGGAGAGUGGUGGUGGGGUGGGGUCUCCGCCCGCGGCCUCCUCGCUGGACCAGCACAUCGCCAGCACGCGCGAAGCCCUGGGCGUGGAGUCCUACUACAGCAGAGUGUGCUCCAGCAGUGAAACAGAGAGCGAGGCAGGUGACCUGCUGGACUUUGAGGAUCGCCUGUCCUCAGCCGACCCCAGUGGUUUCCUCAGGAGGGUCUCUAGGACCAGCCUCUUCAACAGGAGCUUCCACAGCAUGUCCAGUCUUGCGAGUGCCCCGGUGUCUCCAGUGAGGGAGAGCUCUAGUCUGCCCCGCCGCAACAGCAGCACCAAGCCGCCCCUCCGAGCCCUCUACGACCUGCUCAUCGCCCCAAUGGAGGGGGGUCUGAUGCACUCGUGCGGAGCGGCGGGUCGACUCAAACAGCUGGUGCUGGUGCUGGAAGGAGAGCUCUAUUUGAUCCCGUUCGCCCUGCUGAAGGGCAGCUGCAGUAACGAGUAUCUGUAUGAGAGAUUCAGCCUCAUCGCAGUGCCUUCUAUUGGGGGCCUCACAGCCACAAGCAAGGGUGUAUCGCGGCGUACAGGCUCAGGUCAGAUCACCGGAGGUGUUUCCAUGGCAGCCGUGGUGGGUAACCCGCGGUUACCUUCCGGUGUGAUGGACCGCUGGCUGUGGGGUCCGAUGCCGUCGGCGGAGGAGGAGGCUCUGAUGGUCGCCGAGCAGCUGGGUUGCCAGGCGCUGACGGGUGCCGUGGCGACCAAGGAGCGCGUGAUGGCGGCGCUGUCGCAGGCCGAGUGUGUCCACUUCGCCACCCACGUGUCCUGGAAGCUGGCCGCCCUGGUGCUGAGCCCCGUGCCGGACGUGGCCGGCGGUGCCUCGCACGCACACACACAUGCUACACACACCGCGCACACACACGCACACACACAUGCUACACACACCGCACACACACUACCGGACGACGCCAGCGAUGCUGAGAGCAUCUGCGACAGCACGCCACUGCAGGACAUUCUGCUCACCGCCGCUGACCUGCUGGACCUCAAGCUGUCCGUCAAACUGGUCGUGCUGGGCUCGUAUCAGGAGUCGGUCAGUAAGGUGACUGCGGAUGGCGUGGUGGGUCUGACCCGAGCGUUCCUGGCAGCGGGGGCGCAGUGUGUGUGUGUGUCGCUGUGGCCGGUGCCUGUUGCUGCCUCCAAGCUCUUCACACAGAACUUCUACUCGUCACUGCUGGCCGGCGCCAGAGCCAGCGCCGCCCUGGUGGACGCCAUGAGGAGUGUCCAGAGCAACAAGCAGUUCUCCCACCCCUCCAACUGGGCAGGUUUCAUGCUGAUUGGCAAUGACGUGAAGUUGAAUAGUUCCUCCUCUCUCAUUGGUCAAGCCCUGGCAGAGAUCUUGCAAUACCCAGACAAGGCCCGCGAUGCCCUCAGGGUCUUACUGCACUUGGUGGAGAAAUCUCUGCAGCGUAUCCAGAACGGCCAGCGGAACUCCAUGUACACCUCCCAGCAGAGCGUGGAGAACAAAGUGGGAGGGGUUCCGGGCUGGCAGAACCUGCUGAUGGCCGUGGGGUUCCGUCUGGACCUCGCCGGAACCGGACUUCCUGCUGCGGUCUUCUUCCCUACCGCUGACCCAGGAGAGAGACUGCAGCAGUGCAGUGCCACACUGCAGUCACUGCUCGGUCUGCCCCAUCCUGCACUUCAGGCCCUCUGUAAACUCAUCACCAUCUCAGAAGCAGGAGAACAGCUCAUCAACAGGGCUGCCAAGACUGUGGUGGCCAUGCUUCAUCAGGUGUUGGUGCAGCUCCAGAGUGGGGAGAGGGAGCAGGACUUCUCCAUCACACCCAUCCAGACCUCCAUCAGUGUGCAGCUCUGGAGACUACCGGGAUGCCACGAGUUCCUGGCUGCCCUCGGUUUUGAUCUGUGUGAGGUUGGUCAGGAGGAGGUGGUGUUAAAGACAGGGAAGCUGGCCAGUCGCCGCAUCAUGCAGUUCGCUCUGCAGUCACUACUUGCCUUGUUCGACUCCACAGAGCUCCCCAAGCGCUUGAGUCUGGACAGCUCGUCCUCCCUGGAGUCGCUGGCGUCGUCCCAGUCCGUGUGCCCGCCGCUGCCCUUCUCGCCCGCGGGCUGCCCAGACAGCCUAGCGUCUGACGCCAUCUCUCUCUACAGCCUGAGCUCCGUGGCGUCCUCCCUCAGCUUCCUCUCUCGUCCAGAGGCGGUCGGCGCCGCCGCCGCAGGGGCAGCCGGGGGGCUCUUUCCUGCCCGCCAGACGGGCAUCCCUCGCAGUCGCUCGUCUCCCACGGCGACAGCGGGCGCCCAGGAGGAGUACGAGGGCUUCAGCAUCAUCAGCAGCGAACCGCUGGCAACAGCGUCGCAAACCACGACCGCCGGACACCGGGCCGUGCGUGGAGCAGGAGCGGGCAGUGGUGGGGGGAGGGGUGCCGCAGGCUGUCGGGGCAGUGUCAUCAGCGAGGGAGUCCAGCACCCGGCGUCGCCGAUGGCGCCCGCCGCGCCGAGCCCCAGGAAGCCACCGGGCAGCUCGGACACGGGCGAGUCGUCGGACCAGUCGAGCACGGAGACGGACAGCACGGUGCGCUCGCAAGAGGAGCGUCCGCCGCCGGCUCCGCUCGACCCACAGGAGCUGGCCCAGAAGAUUCUGGAAGAAACCCAGAGCCACUUGAUCGCCGUGGAGUCCCUGCAGAGGACGGCCGGCGGUGGUCAGGACGCCCCGGUGUCAGGGUUCCGCACGGCGGAGACCAGCGCGUUCACCCGGCCCGCCAGCAGGGGGAGCCAGUCGGCUCCCUCCCCGAGCCAGAACCCCCGACCAAAACCGCCGUCCCGCAACUCGUCCCUGCAGAAGGCCAGCUCGGGCUACAACAGCCCAGCCACCUCGGAUGCCUCCCUCAAGGACAGCCAGCCGUCGCCAUCGCUCUGCGGGACCCCCAGCUUAAGGCUCAAGUACCCCAGCUCCCCAUACAGUGGACACAUCUCCCGUUCCCCGAGCAACGUCUCUCCCAGCUCCGGUCAUCAGUCACCGGGAGGCUCUGCCCCUUCGCCCGCCCUCUCCUACUCUUCAAGCUCGUCCCGCUCCAGCCCGGGAGAUGCGCCGCUGGACCGGCUUCGCCUGGCGGCCAUCGACGAGAAGGUCCAGGCCAUCCACAACCUGAAGACAUUCUGGGCCUGCGCGUCCCAGCCGCCACCAGUAGGGGGCCCAGUCCGUGCACUCCGAGGAAGGGCCAAGAUGAGCCCCGUGCAGAGGGACGUGCUGGGUCUGCUUCACCUGUCCCCCCGGCACACACCAGCCAAUCAGACACAGCAGGACACCAAAAACUCCUCCUCCACCAAUGGGAAGCUCCACGCUCAGAAAGACACACCCUCUAGUGGCAGCAGUCCCGCCCCACAGACUAUCAGACUGCCCUCUGGGAACGGAUACAAGUUCCUGUCGCCAGGGCGAUUCUUCCCCUCCUCAAAAUGCUGAGGCAGGCACCGUUCAGUGGUGUUGGACCGGUGAGAGCGCCCCCCUGUGGUCCUGUGGAGUACUGACACACAGCUGCACAGGCAGCUGGAGGGAUGUGGCCCAGAUAUGGCUCUGAUCCGGCACGGAUCUGCAUCCUGAGGGCCGGAUGAGGACCCGAUCCUUUCCUGAGGUGGCUGAAGCCUGCCUGCACAGACUCCAUUACCAAGUGCAUAGCAGCACCAAUGCCUAAAACAGGAUGGAGAGAGGAAUACACCAGACAGCAGUUUGACAGAAAGACACUUGCUGGUUCUGUUAGACAACGCAGCCUUGUUUUACUUUUCUUUGUUUAUUUUAAUAAAAUAAACUUUUUAUUCUUGUUAUUA